AUGUUUGUAGAUGAUGUGGAAGGUAUUUUGGUGCACAGUCCUCACACGGCAGACUAUAUAACAUAUAUUAAUCAGAAAGGUCAACCCCAACUCAUUGGUAUUUAUCAGAGCUUUGAUGAUAUGCAAAACCGAAUAGCUUAUGAAUAUGUGCUGCCCAUUUACCGAAAACACAUAAAAACGAUGAUCGAAUUCAUUGUUUACCUACAUGCCAAUGAGGUCUCAUUCUCUUUAGUUGAGUUCUCGUUUAAGGAGAACUUGUUGGUGCAUAAUGAUGUGAUCAAGUUUUGGAGGUUGACUUUUAUGGAGGCUACCCAACAGUUAAAAUAUUGCUCAUCUUCUGGUACUGAUGAUAAAACUUCUACAGAAGAUUAUCGAAAACUGACGAAACAUAUAAAGAGAGUUACUUUUUUCAAAGCGGCUUCAAAAAAGAGUUCUUAUUUUAGCGAUUAA